UGUCGCUGGCCCAGGAGCCUGUAGAAGACGGCCUCCGGUGGCCGGUUUGGGCGGCCUGGGACUGUGGCUGCAGGUAGGCAGUGGUGAUGCCAGGGCCCGGGGUCCCUUCCCCCAAUCCCAGCUCUCUUCGCCUUCCUCUACUCUGCCUCCCCAGCUCCCUGCCAACCACCCUUCGUUUUCUGUCCCAGAACCUCUCCCUCCACCUCAAACCCUGACCCCUUCCUGCAGGCCAAGCCCUCCCCCUUAUCUCAGUAACUGCAGCCGGCAGGGUCAGAGGGCAGGUAGCCUGGCCACUGCACCGACAGCUACAGCCUCCAGAAACAGCUCUGGCCUCUGGGUCACUGCUCCAGGCCACUCAGCCAGGGGCCCCUCCUAGGAGUCACGGGGCUGCUGGUGCUGGGGCAGUGUCUCAACCCAGGCGCGCCAGUGUCUCUUUCCCCAGCCAGGCAUGGCAGACUCUGCACAAGCCCAGAAGCUGGUGUACCUGGUCACAGGUGGCUGUGGCUUCUUGGGAGAACAUGUGGUCCGCAUGCUGCUGCAGCAGGAACCCCAGCUCCGUGAGCUGCGCAUCUUUGACCUACACCUGGGUCCCUGGCUGGAGGAGCUGAAGACAGGGCCCGUGCAGGUGACUGCCAUCCAGGGGGACGUGACCCAGGCCCACGAGGUGGCAGCAGCUGUGGCCGGAGCCCACGUGGUCAUCCACACAGCUGGGCUGGUGGACGUGUUUGGGAAAACCAGUCCUGAGACCAUCCGUGAGGUCAAUGUGCAGGGCACGCGGAAUGUGAUUGAGGCGUGUGUGCAGACUGGAACACGCUUCCUGGUCUACACAAGCAGCAUGGAAGUUGUGGGUCCCAACAUCAAAGGCCAGCCCUUUUACAGGGGCAAUGAGAAUACCCCAUACGAAGCAGUACACAGACACCCCUAUCCUUGCAGCAAGGCCCUAGCUGAGCAGCUCGUCCUGGAAGCCAAUGGGAGGAAGGUAACGUGGCCUGGAUGCACGUGCUGGUGGCCCGGGAGCUCCAGCACCGAGCUGCACUCAUGGGUGGCCAGGUGUACUUCUGCUAUGACAACUCACCCUACAAGAGCUAUGAGGACUUCAACAUGGAGUUCCUGGGCCCCUGUGGACUCCGGCUGGUGGGCACCCGCCCACUGUUGCCCUACUGGCUGCUGCUGUUUCUGGCUGCCCUCAAUGUCCUGCUGCAGUGGCUGCUGCGGCCGCUGCUGCUCUAUGCGCCCCUGCUCAACCCCUACACACUGGCUAUGGCCAACACCACCUUCACCGUCAGCACCGACAAGGCUCGGCGCCAUUUUGGCUAUGAGCCCCUGUUCUCCUGGGAGGAGAGCAGGACCCGCACCAUCCGCUGGGUGCAGGCCGUGGAGGGCUCAGCCCAGUGAUGGUGGAGCUGGGCCUGGAGGCCAGCAUGGCACAGCCAUCCAGGUCCAGAGCCCUCAGACCCUGGUGGGGAGGGCGGGCUACAUUCUAGAGCCGGAGGAGGAGGGGUCUGGUGCCAGACUGGCUGUCCUAGAGCUCUCCACAUUGUAAUUCAUGAGCCUUGAGCCUGUGUCCUAAUACCCCUCAGUUCUAGGGCAGGGUUUUGGAGCAAGUGUGUCUUCACUCUCAACCCAGGCCUGACGGCUGGUUGGCGAGGGUCUGACUCCCCUGACGUUCUCCACGGUCCCAUCCCAUUUCUGGCUUUUCAAGCAGGAAGUGGGUAGAAGUUCCACAGGGCCUCGUGCUGGACCUCGGAUAUCCAGGUGUGAUCCUCAGACCCGGGUUCAGAGUGAAGAUGCUUUCUGGCUCCUCCCACCACCUUUGUCCCUCCUUGGGGUUCAUAGUCCCAUUAUUUUAAAACAUUUAUUACCCUUGGACAUUUAUCUUUUUUUAUUCUCUUCAACGAAGGCUGAGGAAAUCUGUGUAUUUUCACCUCUUGCCACCCCUCUACCCAAAUCAGUUCCUGCAGCACUGUUUGAUCUCUGCCUGAGGAUGCCCCAGUAAUGCUGUACCAGUCCAAGCCCUGGAUUAAAGCUCCUUCUCCGA